AUAAUUUAACCAUACCUUUAGUACUUUUUACUUCUUAGGUAUACUCAAGCCAAAAACAAUGGACACUUUCCUGAAGACUUUUUAUUUGGCGUAGCAACAUCGGCAUACCAAAUUGAGGGUGCAUGGGAUGAAGAUGGGAAAGGAGAAAAUAUUUGGGAUCAUAUGGUCCACCAAGAUCCAUCUCCAAUCUCAAACAAAGACACAGGAAAUAUAGCAUGCGACUCCUAUCACAAGUAUAAAGAAGAUGUUGAUUUUUUAGAAGAUUUGGGAGUAAACUUCUACAGAUUUUCAAUUUCUUGGUCAAGAAUACUUCCAACCGGUUAUUCCAACAAGGUGAAUCAGAAAGGACUUCAAUAUUAUAAGGAUCUUACGAAAGAGUUGGUGAAUCGCAACAUUACCCCGGUUGCAACAAUCUUCCACUGGGAUCUGCCCCAACCCCUUGCUGGUUUAGGUUGGCCAAAUUCUAACCUAGCAGAACUUUUUGUAGAGUACGCUAAAAUAGUCAUCGAGGAACUUCCGGAUGUAGGAGUAUGGAUUACUUUCAACGAACCUAAACAAAUUUGUCAUUUUGGAUACGGAACUGGCAUGUUCGCACCGGGCAUACACAGUUCAGGAGUAGGAGAAUAUGAAUGUGUAUAUACUGUCCUGAAGGCCCAUGCCGAGACAUAUUAUAUGUACAAGGCUCUAAACCGUUCAGCUCCUAUGGGCAUUACUAUAGACUGCGAGUGGUACGAACCCAAGAGUGAUUCUGCCGCAGAUAAAGAAGCAGCCAAACGCAACGUAGACUUUGAGUGCGGAAUCUAUGCCCACCCAAUCUUUGUAGGAGAUUGGCCCGAGGAUGUAAAGAUUCGUGUAUAUGAAAGAAGCAUGAGAGAAAAUUAUUCCAAAAGCAGAUUGCCCGAAUUAACUUUAUCUGAAAUCAGCUAUAUUCUAGGGACAGCUGACUUCUUAGGCUUAAAUUAUUAUGUUACCUUCACAGUAACGGAUGAUAUAGAGGAUCUUACAAAUGUUACUAGCUACAACAAUGAUGUAAGGGUCGUCUUGGGUAACAUUUCAAACGUUGAGUCUGGUAGUAACGGCUUUCCGAUUGUACCUUGGGGUCUUACCAAAGUUUUGAAAUACGUAAAAACCGAAUAUAAUAACCCUACUAUCCUAAUAACUGAAAUUGGUAUUUCUGAUGACGGAUCCACCUUAAAAGACGAACCAAGAAUUAAAGCACUUACAGAAUAUUUUAGCGCUAUCCUUGACAGUAUAUACGAAGAUGGCGUAAAUGUAAUUGGAGUAACAAUUUGGAGUUUACUAGAUAAUUUUGAAUGGCUAAAUGGAUAUUCGGCCCGUUUUGGAUUAUAUCAAGUAGAUUUUACAAACGAUACUCGACCGAGGACAGCCAAAUCUUCAGUAGAGUUUUUUAAGAAUGUCAUCAAGACAAAGAGCUUAGAUUCUUCUAAUGAUGGAGGAUCAAGUAUUAACAGGGUUAACGGCUAUGUGUUUGGCUUUAUUAUAUUAUCAUUUUAUUUAUUUAAAUUAUGGUAA